AUUCCUCUGGCUCCUCCGGAGCAGUCCGCGGGCGGCUGCAGGCUCAGGCCUGGUGGGAGUGGGUUGCGGUGACAAACGGCCCGAGUGGGCAACCCUUCCCCCGCGCGCCGCGCCGCCGGCUCCACCAUGGAGCCUGCCGUGUCGCUGGCCGUGUGCGCGCUGCUCUUCCUGCUCUGGGUCCGCGUGAAGGGGCUGGAGUUCGUGCUCAUCCACCAGCGCUGGGUGUUUGUGUGCCUCUUCCUCCUGCCGCUCUCUCUUAUCUUCGACAUUUAUUACUACGUGCGCGCCUGGGUGGUGUUCAAGCUCAGCAGCGCGCCACGGCAGCACGAGCAGCGGGUGCGGGACAUCCAGAAGCAGGUUCGGGAAUGGAAGGAGCAGGGCAGCAAGACCUUCAUGUGCACCGGGCGCCCUGGCUGGCUCACCGUCUCGCUGCGGGUUGGGAAGUACAAGAAGACACACAAAAACAUCAUGAUCAACCUGAUGGAUAUUCUGGAGGUGGACACCAAGAAACAGAUUGUCCGUGUGGAGCCCUUGGUGACCAUGGGUCAGGUGACCGCCCUGCUGACCUCCAUUGGCUGGACUCUGCCUGUGUUGCCAGAGCUGGAUGACCUCACAGUGGGGGGAUUGAUCAUGGGCACAGGCAUCGAGUCUUCAUCCCACAAGUACGGCCUGUUCCAGCACAUCUGUACGGCCUACGAGCUGGUGCUGGCUGAUGGCAGCUUCGUGCGAUGCACACCGUCAGAAAACUCAGACCUGUUCUAUGCUGUGCCCUGGUCCUGCGGGACCCUGGGCUUCCUGGUGGCCGCCGAGAUCCGCAUCAUCCCCGCCAAGAAGUAUGUCAAGCUGUGCUUUGAGCCAGUACGUGGCAUGGAGGCCAUCUGCGACAAGUUCACCCGCGAGUCCCAGCGGUCCGAGAACCACUUCGUGGAAGGGCUUCUCUACUCCCUGGAUGAAGCUGUCAUCAUGACAGGGGUCAUGACAGACGAGAUGGAGCCCGGCAAGCUGAAUAGCAUUGGCAACUACUACAAGCCGUGGUUCUUCAAGCACGUGGAGAACUACCUGAAGACAAACCAAAAGGGCCUGGAAUACAUCCCCCUGAGACACUACUACCACCGCCACACUCGCAGCAUCUUCUGGGAGCUCCAGGACAUCAUCCCCUUUGGCAACAACCCCGUCUUCCGCUACCUCUUUGGCUGGAUGGUGCCCCCCAAGAUCUCCCUCCUGAAGCUGACCCAGGGCGAGACGCUGCGCAAGCUGUACGAGCAGCACCACGUGGUGCAGGACAUGCUGGUGCCCAUGAAGUGCCUGUCAAGGGCCCUGCACACCUUCCACAACGACAUCCAUGUCUACCCUAUCUGGCUGUGCCCAUUCAUCCUGCCCAGCCAGCCAGGCCUGGUGCAUCCCAAGGGAGACGAGGCCGAGCUCUAUGUCGACAUUGGCGCCUACGGGGAGCCGCGGGUGAAACACUUUGAAGCCAGGUCCUGCAUGCGGCAGCUGGAGAAGUUCGUCCGAAGUGUGCAUGGGUUCCAGAUGCUCUACGCCGACUGCUACAUGGACAGGGAGGAGUUCUGGGAGAUGUUCGACGGCUCCCUGUACCACAGGCUGCGGAAGCAGCUCGGCUGCCAGGACGCCUUCCCUGAAGUCUACGACAAGAUCUGCAAGGCUGCCAGGCACUGAGCUGGAGCCCGUUCGAGGGAGAUGGACACGCGGGUGGAACCCUGUCCCCAGGGCCAGGAGGCAUCUUCCCUUCAUUCAAGCUUGGCUGCUCUACCAAAUCCACACUUUCAGAAAGAAACCCCUCCAGAAAUCCCACCCAGAGAGCCCCAACAGCUUGCUCCCAGCUUCCAGGGGCAGCCGAGUGGGAAAGGAUGUGAGAUUGGAGUCAGACACACCUGAGUCCAGUUUCCAGUUCAGCCACUCAGCUGUGUGACUCCCAGCGAGUCCCUCAACCCCUCUGAGCCCGGUUCCUCAUCUGUUGAAAGGGGGCAAUGCUAUCUGCCUGUUGGCUGUCGUCCUCUGAGCCAAGCACCUGUCGCAGCCGAGGUGCUGGGGAGGCGGUCCCUGUUGUUUUCCUGGCUUCCUGUUCAGCAUCGCUAAAGUACUUGAGAUUCGGUAGUUGAGUCCGAAGGCUCCACGUUAGGUUGUCAGCCGGGCUCAGGUUUGUCUAAAGGGGUUGCCCCAGAGUGGCACAGCCCUUGCUUGUCAUCCAGAAGAGCUCCGAGAGAAGGAAGAAAGCCUCCUCCCUAUCCCUGGGCUCUCAGGAGGGCAACAGACGGGGUGGGCGGGCCCAAGACGUGCUGUGCCAAAGCCAGGUCCGAUUCCAAAGUUCUCGCUGUCGUCCUUGGCAACGUCCUGCCCCUUCCUCCUUCAUGGUCGGGCUUGUGGGCCCACCACAGCCUUCCCCCACCUCUGCCUCGAGAGACCCAUGUCCUUAGAGAAGACACUUCAGGGUUGAAUCCUGCCCCAGCCCAGGCCUGGGACCUGCCCAGGUGUGGGGAGUGCUUUCUGCUCUGAUCUGAAUCCAGAGGACCUGGGCUCAUGCUUGGCUCUCCACUCUCCAUGCCUCUUGUCCCCCAAACCCACUUUGCCAUGGUUCGGGGGCAUCCUCUGCUCUGCGUGGGGGUGGGACCACAGCCAGCAAGAUGAACCUGCUGUUCUUGGGUUUCCUAAGGGUCUUCACGGCAGGGCUGAAAGAAAAGUGCAUCACCUUGACUUCUUGAACCACUCAUCCCCCCUUUUUUUCUUCCCCCCUCCCCCCGCCCCUAAGCUAUAGUUAAUUUUAGUGCCUUACAAAUCCUAAGCUCAGAGAAAAGUUAGCUCCAUUUCCCUUCCAGAGAGAAGGGAACCUCCCUAGGUCCCUGCCCACCUCUUAAAGCUUGGUUGUUUAUGCAACUCCAUCUUAAGAACCUCCCAGCCUCCACUGAAAACCCAGAAUCUGCGAGGGAAUUGUGCAAGGGAAGCUGGAAUUAAGUGAGCUGUGUCAGGCAGUGACAGAACACCACACCAGGAGCCAGGAGGCCUGGCUUUCAGUCCCUACUGCAUGGCUACCCAGCUGUGCAUCCAUGCGCAAGUCAUUCAUCCCUCUGAGCGGCUUCCUUCCUUGUCACAGGCCCUUCUGCUUUAGAAGGGCAUGGCUGUCUUAGACACAGUGUUGCAAAACCCGCGAAAAGCCUUCUUUGUGUGGAAAGUCAGAGGGAAGAUAAGUGACUCAAGUGGACCCAAGUGUCAUGUAAGUUCCUCCCGUCAGCCCAAGGCCAGCUUUCAUCUUUUCAGAAAGGCACAUCCGUGGCCUGCAAGGAAGGGUUCAGUCUUGUCACUGCACAUUGCUGGAAUCCUCCCAGAGUCAUGCUUUGGCCAGCAAGGCUGACCCAUCCCGCCCUGGGCUCAGCACACUGCAGUGGCUCAGCGUGGUCCUGGGAGUGCCAGGUGCCUUCAGGGCACUCAGAAGCAGAGGAAGCACUCUUACCCAUUCGGCCUCUGGAGGGGGCAUAAGACAAAAAAUAAGAAACCUCAUUCUCUUGCUUGUCCGCAAAGCAUGUGAGUUCUGGCCUUAGCUCUCCUGGUGGGCCUAGGAUGAGACCUUCCUGCUUGGUGUGAAACCAAUGAUCCUACUUGCUGUAGAGGAGUGGUUCACCCAAGCUAGAUUAACCCAACAGGUGAGGUCCCUGCAUUUCACCCCUGGGCCUCCAUCCCUGGGCCCCUUGGAGCACGGCCAGAGAUGCCAGCAGCUUCUAUUGUCCUCAGUCCUGCAAACCAAAAUCCUGCCCUUCACGGACCUCACCCAGAACCUGGGGCUUGGGCUCACCGUUGCCUCAGGGUAGUGUUUUGCUUCAUUGAUACGUUGCCUGGAAAUGGACAGUCUUCCAAGCAUGUUGGGCUAAGUUCCCAGCUCUUUCUUGUAGCCAGUCUUGUCACUGUCCAUCCAGGUGGCGGUUUCAGGUGGAAUUAAACACGGCACAUGCAGAGGGGUGGGGCAGUGCGUGUGGAAAGUUCUGGAAGAGGCCUCUUCCCUCCAGAGCCCCAACUUUCUUGGCUGCAUGAAGAUUUUCUGUAAAAUCAGGAUUGUGGCCAGUUUCUGUGGCUGGAAAGAUGCAUAAUUCAAUUGGCUGGUACUGAAAGGGAAGGGAGGGGGUGGGGAUGGGUGUGGCAGUGUAUGGUGUGUGAUUUUUUUGUCUUUUCCUUAAUGAUGGGGAGCACGGAGAAAGGCAUGGGUCUCCCCAAACAGUCUUGUGCAGCUGCAGGCACUGUGCCUACUGUCCAGAACCCUUCAUGUCCCUGUGGCUGUGUGGCUGCUGCUUCUGUAAAAAUAAAAGUGUGACCUGGAAA